UACACAACCCGGUCAAAAAAAUCACCACUCCCUCCCCGCCACGUCUCCUCCCUCCUCCCCUCCCCGGCCAUGGGAGCGGCCAUGCUCCUCGCUCCCAUGCCUCUCCUCUUCCUCGCCUCCGCUCCCCUUGCAGCCGUCCAUCUCCCCGCCCGCUGCCGCCUCCGCCUGCAGCUCAUCUCCCGCGCCGCCCCCGAAACCGCCACCACCGUUCCCGGGAACCACCACUUCGCCGUCGAGGACUACCUCAUCUCCAAGUGCCACCUCACCCAGCCGCAGGCUCUCAAGGCGUCCAAGAGCAUCGCCCACCUCAAGUCCAGCUCCAACCCCGACGCCGUCCUCGCGUUCCUUGCUGACCUUGGCCUCUCCACCAAGGAGGUCGCUGCCGUUGUUGCAGCAAACCCGCGCGUCCUAUGCGCCCGCAUCGACCGCUCCCUCGCGCCCAUAUGCACGGAGCUCCGCGCCCUCGGCCUCUCCCCCUCCCAGAUCGCCCGCCUCGCCCAGAUCACCGGCCGGUACUUCCUCUGCCGCAGCUUCGUCUCCAAGGUGCGGUUCUGGCUCCCCCUCUUCGGCUCCUCGGAGAGGCUUCUCCAGGCCAGCGACUGGAACUACUGGCUCCUCACCUCCGACCUCGAGAAGGUUGUCGAGCCGAACGUCGCCUUCCUGAAGCAAUGCGGGCUAAGUGCUCGUGAUAUUUCCAAGCUACUCGUGGCCGCGCCGCGGCUAGUCACCAUGCACCCGGACUACGUCCAGGACGCCGUGCGGCGGGCCAUCCAGCUCGGCGUGGCCCCAGGCUCCCAGAUGUUCCGGCACGCGCUCUCCACCGCCGGCUGCAUCGGCCAGGAGAAGGUCGACGCCAAGGUCGCCGUCCUGAAGGAGAGCCUCGGGUGGUCGCAGGAGGAGGUGAGCCUGGCCGUGAGCAAGGCGCCGCGCAUCCUGGUCGCGUCCGCCGAGAGGCUGCGCCGCAACGCCGAGUUCUUGGUCAACGAGGUCGGGCUGCAGCCGCAGUACAUCGCCCGGCGGUCGGUGCUGCUCAUGUACAGCCUCGAGAGGAGGCUGGUGCCCCGGCAUCUCGUGGUGAAGCUCCUCAAGGAGAGGGGGCUGAUCGAGAAAGACCGGUGCUUCUUCAACGCCGUGGCGCCAACCGAAGAGAAGUUCUUGGAUAAGUUCGUUGCUCCGUUUGAGGAGUCCGUCCCGGGGCUCGCCGACGCCUACGAGUCCGCCUGUGCCGGGAAGAAGGUGCCGGUGGAAGCUGAGCACUAACCGGACUUGGAGGAGAACAAUGGAGGUGCGCGUGUCACUUCCAUCGGAUAACUUAAUUCUACUGAUCAACUAUAGCAGGCACGGCAGAUUCAUGGUCAUCUAGCGUAGGUUUUGUUGCAGUUUACAAGGAGGUCAGGAGGUCUGGAGGUGGAUGUAUGUGUAUAACAAGAUUGAUAACUGUUCAAUGCUGAUUGAACAAUGUUCAGUGGGUUUCAUAUAAAACUGUGAGCAUUUACGUACAUUUUCUUCGGCCCUCGUUUCCUUUGUUAUAUAGACUCGCAGACAGAGGAUUUCUGGCGCGAUCAGCGGUCACGGUGUCCUGAUGUGCAUCUCCCAAUUUCAUAGUUGAACGAGUGAACCGUCUGAUGGUCUGAGCAAAGAUAAGUUGCAGCCUUGCAGGACUAGGCAUUUAGGCAAGUAUGUUCUACACAAGGAGACGGAGAAGGCUGAUCUGUUUGUCAGAAGCUCGUAAAAAUGAGGAGUGUUUCUCCAGAGUCAAGAGCAAGUAGCUUCUGAGAUUUAGGAAGAGGUCAUUCUUCAAACUCUUCAACUGGAUAGGGAGGCAGAUGCUUUCUAGCAUGUGUUAACUUAAUUAGGGGAGGAAAAAUAAGUUCUGUAUAGCGUCCAACUUAUAUAAACUCACGU